CAGCUAUUCGGUGAAGUGGAUAUAGACGAUGAAGUGUCACCGGAUUUGGAGAACACGCAAGAUGCAGAUAGAAGAUCAUCCAGUAAUAUUGGAUUUAAUGAGCAACAACAAGAAACAAAUGAUGAAUUAUCAAAGAAUGGAACCGAAGUAAACGGUUCGAAUGGCGUUGGCACGUUGGAAGAAGAAGAGAACGGAGCGGAUAAGGAUGCUUGCAAUGAACCAACGAAAGAAUGCAUUCGAGUGUGGGCUGCUAGACAUAAUUUCGAUCCGCAAACUCUAUUCCAUAAGGUUUGA